AUGCCAAUUCAUCGAGCGUACAUAUAUCCAAAAACACUAUCAACGGCCAUUCGAUCAUCCAUUGCAGCUACUUCAUUGACCACUACUAAUAAUAUAAUUAAUUCCUGGAUAGCAUUGAAUCACAAGACAUGUCGACUCUAUGCAUAUCGUACUGUGUCUUCCUAUCAUUCCAGCAUAUUUGCACCAGCCUUUACUAAACCAUCCAACAGAAUCGUUGAUUAUGAUGAUGAGGAGGAUGAAGAAGAGGUGAUUUCUUGUACCAAAGUUAAACCGGAUAUUUGUUUUCUUGAUGCAUCUGAACUGCCAUCAACAUUAAAAUCAAAUCCAGAAUCACUAGCUUUUGACAUUCCGAGCAGUCCAGAAAUGCUGCAGUUUCAAAAAUAUCUUGAAUCUCGUCAACAAUACGAUUUCGAUCGUUUCGUUAUUACUUUUAAAGAUAUGAUUGCUCAGCCAUUAACACAUCAAGAUAUUGUUUACAUGAACAAGACUGCUAUUCCACGCAUGAUUUUUUUUCUUGAAAAUUUCCAUACAGUAAGAUUUUCUGAGCGAUGCACCUUCUUGAUUGACUCAUUCGGGGCAAUGGGAAAGAUCUUUUCCAUCGAGUACACGGACAGUAUUCAGCAGACGAUGAUCGAGUUGAUAUCGCGUGCUGUUGAAACUGGUAAAGAUCUAAUUGAUUUGGCAAAACAAUUAAACCAGGCUCGAAUCCCCAUUUCUAGUGAAACGUGGAAUCAUUUGAUUUCCAAAAUAGAUAAAGUGGUUUUAGGCGAUGAUGACAUGAUUCAAAUACUCAAUGAGCUAAUUAUGAUGCCCAACAAUUCAUAUGGAUUACGGAUGCAUAUCAAUUCCUUCAAGUACAUGACCAAUCCAAACUUAUUUGAUACGUACAUGUCACUGUUUGAUCGGGUGAUGAACAUGUAUACUGAUGCCGACUCGCUCGAAUUAUUUAAUGUACUCAUGAUUCGUGUAUGCGCUACGUGUAAACAGAAAAGAUGGGCAGAAACUCUGCAUCGUGCAUUGAUGGAUCUUGCUCCAGUAUUAAAGCCCAGGUCGUAUAGUGUACUGAUUUGCGCUUGGCUAGAUAUUGGAAAAUGGAAUCGUGCGUUUAAAUUGUACACUGUGAUGCGAGCCAACGCACUUGUCCCAUCCUCCACGGCCUUUGCCAUGCUCAUACUGGAAUUCGUCGACAAUACACGCACAAGUGUCAGAUCUCUGCUUUUGGAUGCAGAAAACAAUGUCAUCGAGACUGAUACCAAGCUAUGCAACGCAAUGAUGUUGGCAUACCGAAAAAUUGGAGAUACCGAAAAAGCCAUGCAGAUUUUUUACACAAUGUGUCGUGAAAACACUCGAAAAGAUACUGAUACAUACAAUAACAUGAUGCGCUUGCUCAUCAACUCAAAGAACGAGAAUGCUGCAUUGAAGAUGCUAGACGAAUUGGAAUCGAGCACAGAUCUUGUACCAAAUCCUUCGAGCUAUCAAAUAUUUAUUCAACACUAUGCACAACUGAAUGACAGUGUUGGAUUACGCAGUAUCUACGAUCGCAUAAAAUCACAUCGCGUACCACCCAGUCCCUAUAUUUUUUACCAUAUUCUCCUGAUAGAGGCUGCCAAAGACUGUAUGCUAGCACACUAUAUUUUGCAAGAAUUUUAUCAGCAGAAUAUGAAAAAAACCUAUUUAAUGUUGGAAGGAAUGGUACGAGUUUAUGCCACUGCACCCAACAGCUCCUUAGGUCUAUUGAUGUUUGCCUACAACAGAUUAAUUCAGGAUGGUUCAUGGCCGGUUUCACGACGCCAGCCAGUUUACACCCUUGUCGUGACGGCUUUAAUUCGUUUCAAAGCUACCAAGUGCAUAGAGCGAGUGUACCGAGAUAUUGAGAGAGAUCAACUUCAUUUGGUACCUGAAAUGGCAAUAAUGUUAGUUUCAGCGUUUUCAGCUUUGGAAGACGAGAAACUUGUAUGUGAGUUUCAAGCAUUGGCAAAAACGCUACGCCUUGACUAUCCAUUGCAAUUCUAUACCACUUUGCUCGAGUACCAUUUGGAUCAUGACUCGCCUAUCAAGUCUAUUACGGGAGUGGUAGCCGAGAUUCGGCGAAGGCAUGGUACAACAGGGAUGCACGUCCGCAAGCUUCUAGUUAGGGUUUACACUCGAUCAAUGCUAAAGUAUCCUAUUGCUGUGUUUGAUCUGCACGAUGUCUACACAUAUUAUGCUAUGGAGAAACAAGUACCUUGUAUGAACGUGAUAGAGGGUAUACUACAGGGGUAUUGCUCAGUGAUUGAGAGGCGAUUGGAGUUGAUGGAUCUGCGAUCACGCUCCGACUUUUUUUGUCUGGAAAAAGAAAAGGCACAGAAACAUGACACGCCAUGCUCGACCCAUUCAGUCGUUUCUACACAGGUAUGGGUGGAAAGAUUAGUGAGCGUGGUUGAAUUUUUGCUAAGCCAUUACGGAGAAACUCUACCUUCGCUUGAAAUGGUUACUACCCUUGUACAUAUUUUAUGCGUACAUGGUCAGAUCACACCCCUGUUGAAGCUAUACACUCAAUUGGUGCAUGUGGCACCCGAGUACCUUUCUUUGGAUAUGUGUAUGCUAAUUUUGGAUGCAGUGUCGAGUGCUGAACGUAAAGGCAUACACUAUGAAUACGAUACCAAGACACUACAUACUGAAAUGUGCAAGGUAUUGAAUUUACGUGAUGACCAAGAACAUGGUCUCGUUUUGCCUGAGCAAACGACUGACCCCACACUCGAAUGUAUCGAAAAGCACACUUCAAUAUCUAAACUCGAGGCUGCAGUGACACAACCUUGA